AUGUUCGGAGAUCAAGCGCUGAAGUUGGUGACCGAAGCUAAGGCUUGCUUGAACUUGGACAAUGUCAAACCGUACAACGACGAACUCAUCCGAUCGCUCGUCCUAGAAACCAAGCAACUGCAUACCCACCUCACAACCUUACUCUCCACCCUGGAAUCGCAAUCCGCCUUCCUCCCGCCCGUCGAAAUAUCCGGUCUCCAAUCGCAACUCCUGAUGCUCCAUCUCAUCAUAUCCUACAACAAACGCGCACUCCUCAUCUACCACAACAUUCGUCUCGAUUUGCUCUUCUCGCACCUGUCACGGCACUCGUUCUCCCUGCCUAUCCUGUACGCGAAACAACCACACUUGCGCACAACACUCUCCCCCUCCGAGCAGGACCAGCUCAAGCGCUACUCCGACCUUGUGCAUCGCACCAAACUCGAAUACCUCGACUUGAGCCCCAACCUGCGGCUGGAUGUGGCGGAUGGGCAGGUGUACGAGCCCGUGCCGACGGAGCUGCUCGUCACGGUGAAGGUCAACAAGGAUCUGAACGAUGUCUGGUUGAGCUCGAACCAAAUUGCCCCGACGACGUUUAGGAAGGACCAGACGGUCACCAUCAACAGGGCCGAUGUGCGCGGUCUGAUCGGCAGAGGAUGGGUCACGGUUGUGGACGGCAGCAGCUGA